UGUCACUACUGAAAAGAAAACAAAGUGUAAUUUUUUGUUGAACGUUUAUAUACAGGAAAUAUAGUGUAACAUUUUCUAGCUUGCAUGUGUUUUAAAAUGUUCUUUCGGAAACUGGGUGGCAUUCAUAACAGUAUGAACAUUUAUCGCAAAUAUUUAAUACGAGGUUUACCGGUUCUUCAUAGUUCUUUGCGUUGUAGUGGAGAAAGCCAUCCAAAGAUUGUAGUCAGAUGGAUUCAUCAGGCAGCCAAGUCAAAGAAGAUUAAGGAUGUUGGACCCAUGGGAUUUUUCUUGCUGCUAGUACCAGUAACAACUUUUGGCCUCGGGACAUGGCAAGUUCAGCGAAGAAAGUGGAAGAUCGGGCUUAUUAAAGAACUGGAAGAAAUAACUACAGCAUUGCCUAUUGAUCUUCCUCAAAACUUGCAGGAACUUCAGAACAUGGAAUAUCAGAAGGUCAAAGUUCGAGGAAAGUUUGACCAUUCCCAAGAAAUAUACAUUACCCCUCGCUCACUUCUGAAAGAAGGGGGAGAAGGUGAUGAAGGAGGUCUUCUUUCAAGUGGACAGUCUGGAACUUUGGUGAUUACCCCCCUGAUGCUGACUGACAGAGAGUGA